AGAUCACCAUGGCGACUGGACAGAGGUUGAUGAGAGCUGUCAGAGUGUUUGAAUUUGGUGGACCCGAAGUCCUGAAACUCCAGUCGGAUGUGGCCGUGCCGAUUCCGAAAGACCACCAGGUUCUAAUCAGGGUCUACACGUGUGGUGUGAACCCCGUGGAGAGGUACAUUCGCUCCGGGACGUAGAGGAAGCCACCCCUGCCCUACAUGCCUGGCUCUGACGUGGCUGGGGUGGUGGAAGCCAUUGGAGACGGUGCGUCUGCUGUCAAGACAGGUGACAGGGUCUUCAUGACCAGCACGCUCUCUGGGGACUAUGCGGAGUAUGCACUUGCAGCGGAUCACACCAUCUACAAACUGCCCGACGAGCUGGACUUCCAGCAAGACGCGGCCAUCGGUGUCCCAUAUUUUACGGCGUUUCGAGCUCUGAUCCACAGUGUCCGCGCAAAGGCUGGCGAGAGCAUUCUGGUUCACGGGGCUAGCGGAGGAGUUGGCUUAGCAGCAUGCCAGAUUGCUAGAGCUUGUGGCUUGAGGGUUUGGGGCGCGGCUGGUACCAAGGAGGGAUGGAAGAUUGUCUUGCAAAAUGAAGCCCAUGAAGUGUUUAAUCACCAAGAAGUUAACUACAGAAGAGUCAUAGUUGUUGGCAUCAGAGGUACUAUUGAAAUCAACCCUCGGGAUACCAUGGCCAAGGAGUCUAGUAUCAUUGAAAUUCAUCUCUUUUCCUCAACCAAGGAGGAAUUUCAGCAAUUUGCAGCAGCCCUUCAAGCUGGAAUGGAAAUUGGUUGGUUGAAACCUGUAAUAGGUUCUCAGUAUCCGCUGGAGAAGGUGGCCCAAGCUCAUGAAAAUAUCAUUCACGGCGGUGGGGCUACUGGAAAAAUGGUUCUUCUCUUACGAUGAUGAAUCAUUUCAUGCGAUUUUCUACAUAACAAGAGGUUCUCUCUCCUCUAUUUUUACUUAAUUGUCUGCUCUUUGAUUAACGUUCAGUUGAUUCUGUGAGUUUCUUAUGUGAAAAAAUAAGAUUUUU